AUGAAAUUUUUUACAGUAUUAUAUCUCGUCGCUUUCGCUUUCAUCCUAGUUAAUGGUCAACGAGGGUUUGGACGACGAGGACCUGGUGGACUAAUUGGAAGACUCCUUGGAGGUCCUGGAAGACUUGGGGCACGCCCACUUUUUGGUCCUGGUGCGCUCCUAGGCAGACCUCAGGAUCAUCGCCCUUGUCAACCCCGACCUCAACCAUCAUCUUCAUCUGUUGCACCUGAAUCUUCAUCUGCUGCACCGGAGUAUUCAUCUGCUGCACCUGAAUCUUCAUCUCUUGCGCCGGAGUCGUCAUCUGCUGCACCUGAAUCUUCAUCUCUUGCACCGGAGUCGUCUUCUGCUGCACUUGAAUCUUCAUCUCCCGCAUCUGAAAUUUCUUCUGUUGCACCUGAGUCCUCAUCUGCUGCACCGGAAUCUUCAUCUGCUGCUCCUGAAUCCUCAUCUGCUGCUCCUGAAUCCUCAUCUGCUGUACCUGAACCCUCAUCUGCUGCACCUGAGUUCUCAUCUGCUGCACCUGAAUCUUCAUCUGCUGCUCCUGAAUCCUCAUCUGCUGCACCUGAACCCUCAUCUGCUGCACCUGAGUUCUCAUCUGCUGCACCUGAAUCUUCAUCUGCUGCACCUGAAUCUUCAUCUGCUGCAACCGAAUCUUCAUCUGCUGCACCUGAAUCUUCAUCCGUGGCAACCGAAUCUUCAUCUGCUGCUCCUGAAUCCUCAUCUGCUGCACCUGAAUCUUCUUCGGCUGCUCCUGAAUCCUCAUCUGCUGCGCCCACAGCCACUGUAUAA